AUGCUGCCUCCUUCGAGAGACCGGUACGUGAAAGGUGGCUACGACAAGGUCAUCGAUUUUAUCACGCAAUCUAUACUCCAGGCGUCCGGCGCAUUGCGGAAAGCUCACGAUGUGCAGCGAAUAGAUUGCGAUGGAUCACAGGAUAGCACACCAGUCGUUGUGCAUGCUUUAGAUGAGACCACUGGUACCUCGCUUGCCAUCGAGGGUGACGCUGUGAUAGUUACUGUCCGUCUUGUUGUCUUGUUGUUCGGCAUGUAG